AAAAGCUGAUAUAAGAAACCAACAUCAAUGAAUUAACAUGGAACAUGAACGUAAACAAGGAUGCUCUGAUCUAGAGGCAUUCAUCGUCUCAAAAUACGAUCCUUUGCUGGCAAUUGUUAAGGAACUCAACGAAAAUUUACAACACCUCGAAAGAGAAAAUCUGAGACUAGAACGCCGAAUAGUUAACCUCGAACAACAUGUAGCCGGCACACAUGACAGUAACACAAAGGACAUCCAACCAGCAGAAUCAAUUCACACACUUGAAGAAGAGUCCGCACUUUCACCUCCAUGGCUGUUCAGCUGCCAGAUCGGUACCGCCAUUUCUACAUUACAGGUGCUGCUAGAGUUCGAUCCAUCGAAUACUAUUGAACUAGACGUAGCAACAUGGACAAGAGAGGAAAAUAUCUGGAUUUCAUUGAUGGAAGAGAUACCAGCAAUUGGAGAAAUCAGAGUCGACUUAAAUGAAAUGGUUAACCUAUCCUCAAUGAGAAGAAUAGCGCGACGCGUUUUAAUGGAAUUGUCACAAAAAGAAGCUAUGAUCGUGCUGAGGAAUGUGCCAGGAAAAACGGAAGCAACAACAAAUGCUACGGCAAUUACACUGGUAGCAAUCCUGGCGUCAGCAAUGGCAGAGGCGUGGAAAAAAGUUGAAUACAACACACCCCAAAAUAUGGGAAGAGUAUGCCUUAUAUUAGAAGGUGAAAAUAUCGGAAGCCGCCUUAGAGCAGGCAAUAAAAAAUUCAGAAUAGAACCACUCAAUUGAGCAUUAAAAGAACUAUGAUGAUACAAAAGGAAGUAUAUAUUUAAUGCAACACAUUUGACUAGUAUUUAUACCAGGCAUUUCUAACCUGUUGCCGCAGCUAACAUGAUUAAAAUAUUUUUAAAAACACAGGCAAAUAAAUGAAACAGCA